UGUCGAUCAAAAAGUCAUGAUGUAUCAUGUACUUUUCUUGUAAGGACUCGAAAGUAGAAAUUUCUAUUUAUUGUUGCUAUAAAAAGGCAAUAUAUUUUUGCUAGUGCUUUCUGAAGUGCAUAAGUCAAUGAACUAGAACUGCACAGCAUCUGUGUAAAUCAUGGUCUCUGGAAUUUUUAUAAUGUUGCUCAACUUGGCGUAUUUGAGAAGUUGUGUAUCGAUGGUUCAAACAACGUCCGGCCCUGUAGAUGGAAUACUUGGCUCUUACCAGGGUAUCCUAGUAGAUAUGUUCCUUGGAAUUCCUUAUGCUGCUCCUCCAGUUGGGGACUUACGUUUUAAAAGGACAGUUCCAGUGCAACCGUGGAUUGCGCCUCUGAAAGCCAACAUUGAUCCUCCAGCUUGUGUCCAGUACUUUCCUUACAAAUACCCAUGGAUAGACCAGAUGCCAGGUCAAAGCGAAGAUUGUUUGUAUCUGAACAUAUGGGCGCCAAGAAGUGCUAACAGCACGAGUGAAAAAUCCGUGAUGUUUUGGAUACAUGGAGGUGGGUUCACAUCCGGAUCAAACCGAAUCAAAACCUAUGAAGGAGGCAUUUUGGCUGCAAAAGGAGAUGUGAUUGUAGUCACAAUUAAUUACAGAUUAGGGGUGUUUGGAUUUUUAUCAACACCAAGCGAAGAGGCACCAGGUAAUAUGGGGUUCUACGACAUGCUAGAAGCUCUUAGGUGGGUUAAGAGCAAUAUUCCUGCGUUUGGUGGCGACCCGGAUAGCAUCACUCUUUUUGGAGAAAGUGCGGGAUCGAAAGUGAUAGGCCUCUUCUGCGUGUCCCCUCUCACCAUUGGCCUCUUCAGAAGAGUCAUCAUGCAAAGUAGCGCCCCAACAAAACUCGUCGAAGACACCAGUUACCAGAAAAAUCUACAGCUCAGUGCCCGACUCAUAGCAGAAGUGGGCUGUGCACAAAAUAAUGCCACUUUGGAACAGGAUUCCGUUGCAAUAAUUCAAUGCUUGAGAAGUAAAGAUGCUAGUAUUCUUGCAUACGCCACUGAUGCUUUAAGUAAUUUUGACGUCCAUACUUAUAGCUACAUCAUCGGUGACGCCCUAAUGCCAACAAAUCCUCGAGUGGCUGUACGCAAUUUACAGUUUCACGAUGUCGAUGUGCUAAUCGGCAAUAACCAAGACGAAGGUGCUUUUGAACUACCUGUUUUCAAGCCAGAAUUAUUUGGCCCAUUUGGUGAAAAGAAUCCUCGCAUCAACAAAACCUUUGGAAGUACCAUAAUUCCACAGAUUAUCAGCAGUUUCCCCGCACCCGAAGCUGCUGUUCAGUGGUAUCUCGGAGGAUUACAGGAGUAUGACUAUGAUUAUAUACGUAGUCAAGUAUACCACGCUUUUGGCGAUUAUAUUUUAUUUUGCCCUGCUGUAUAUUUUGCAGAAAGCUAUGCAAGAAAGGGUAACUCCGUAUAUUACUACUACUUCAACCAUCGGAGUUCUGAGACUCCAUGGGCUGAUUGGAUGGGCGUGGUACAUACAGAUGAAAUACCGUUUGUCUUUGGAAGACCGUUGGAUGGCGCAGACACUGAGGAAAAGUCAUUUGAAGCACAUUACACAUCUCCGGAAAAACAACUUAGUGAAGAAAUGAUUUCGAUGUGGACUAACUUCGCUAAAUUUGGAAUGCCAAGUAGCGAGUGGCCCACUUUCUCUCGAGGAAAACCACGUGUACGGACAUUCGAACUUGAAGAAAACAGAGAAAGUUACUUAAAGCAACAUCUUGAAAACUGCGAGUUCUUCAGACCUUACUUUGGUUUUAAUUCUAGUUUUUGA